AUGCGCGCGUCUUUCCUGUCGACGCACGCCAAUAAUGCGCUCCUCGGCGUCGCCACGCUUCGUAACGAUCGCUGUGUGAGCACCGUGCGCGAGGACGGCGUCGUCGUACACGACGUCGACGGCGAGCGACGGGAGCGAACGUGGGCGCUCGAUCGCGGACGGGCGUUCGCAUGCGCGGUGGUAGCGGACGGCGCCGGCGAAAGGUAUUACGCGUGCCUGGAGCGCGCCGACGGGAAGACGGAGCUGUGCGCGUGGAGCGAGGCGGACGGUGCGGAAGCGGCGACGGUGGGGGAGGCUUCAAAGGGAUGCGUGAAAGAGAUCGCGAUGAAUGGAAGCGCGCGAGUUCGGGAGUUGAUCGCGGUGGAGGGUGGCGCUCUGGUGGUGACGACGUCUGGCGACGUACAACUAUUCAACGCGUCGGCAGAGUUGGUGCACAGCGCGAGCCAAAAGAGCGGAACGCGGCGGAUCGAAUUCGCGAGCGCGCUGCCGGAAUCUGUCGGUGCACUCGUGGUGACGACAGACGGUAAGUCGAAGAAACACAGAGUUAGUGCAUACGUUGUCGCUGUUGUGGGUGACAAGAGACGCCUCACGCAAGCGUGGGAAUUGGACGUCAGUCACCCAGAUAGCAAUGAUAAGGCACGAAUCGCCACCGCCACGAGCGAUGGAGAAACGCUCAUGAUUUUGUGGGACGACGGACUCUGGGUGCUGCACGACACGAGCGAUGGAUCCAUUAUUCACAGACUCCAACUCAACGGACUGGACUGUCAAGUCGAGGAGCCGCUAUCUGGCAAACGCAGUAAAAAGAGUGAGACGAGCUCGUCGAUAGCGAGCACGGCAUCUAUGUGUUUAUCGAGCGAUUAUUACGCAGUUGUGGCGAAUUCAAAGGAGGAGCAGACUGUCAUCGUUGCUGUCAUUGAUUCGCGCUAUGGCGCCAUCCAUUUGGCAGAGGAUGUCAGUCAAGGUUUGGAAAACAAGGUUGGACGAACGUCGGGCGUUUGUCUCGCCGCGAUCGCCGGUGGUCUCAUAAUUGGUCUUUCGGAUCAAUUGCUUUCUGUGCAGUUAGCUCUUCCAGAGCUCUCGUUAGCUUCUCUGGUGGGAUCGCUCACCGUGCAACCGGAUGUGAGUGCAGCCGCGAUUCGAAUUUUGGGCGCCGAAGCAGUUUCAGUGACGAGCACGCCGAAGCAGCACGCGGUAGUGAUGCCUGGGUGGAAUUUAGACGAUGUCAAGGCGGAUGGUCAAGGCGUUAUUCAUUUGGGUGACGAUUGGACUCAGGAUGAUUCUCAAGCGUUGGAAAAGUCUGUCAAAUCAACAGCUGAGGCUUUGGCGAGUGGGAGUAAGAAAGCGAACUCGUCGCUGGAGUCCAUGAUGAAGACGCUUCCCAUUCCUCAAAUUCUCAUAGAUAGUGCCAUAACAGGUGGGUUGACGCACCGCUCGUGGGAGCCGGUCUCUACGCUGCUUCACGGUGGACACAUAAGCGGUUCAUCGGUGGCACGGCACUUAGUGCCCGCUCUCAUCGAGGAGGACAUGAUCGAAGAAAUCAGGAGUUUUCUCGUGAACGCCAGCGAUAUCUCGAGUGCGGACGUAUCUGCGAUUUUGUGCUCCGCUCUUUCGCGGGAUGCCGAAGAUCCGGUGUUGAAGAAGCGCGCAGCAGUGGACAAGAAACUUGCCGAGAAGGCGCUCGAGGAGGCAGAGGUGAGCUCGUCAAACGACAAGAGCGAAGCAAGGCAACACUUGAUCGCGCGAGCACAACUCUUGGUGUGCGCUUACGACGCAUUUGCACCGUGGGCUCAGCAACUUCACGCUCUGGUGGCUCGUCCUUUGGAUCCGACGACGAGCUCGAGCGUGCUACGCGAACUCUCCAAGCGAGACGCCGUCGCACUCCUCAACUACUUGCUCGUGUGGGCCAACUUUUAUGCCUCUUCGGACGGACUAUUCGCCAGAAUCAACACGCUUUCUGAGCCCGGGAUACCAAGCGCGCAUGCGGUGGUGAACUGGGCAUGCGCCCUUCUGGACGCCCAGCUCGCUAUGUUUUGCCUCGCGGGCGACGUCGCGGAGCGCGUGCGCGCGCUCGAGGCGGCGUCAAACAAAAUGCUCGACAUGAUGCGCGCGGUGACGACGCUCCGAGGUGCUCUCAGACACGUCGGUGAGAACUCUCCCCUUCCGGAGCAGCACGGCGUCGUCAGCACGACGUACACGGUCGAGAGCGUCGCGUGGUAG